GGGCGGGCGGGGCUCGCGCACGCGCGCUGCGGGUCUUCGGGGAGCCCGCUGUGCUGUUGCGCUGCCCGAGAGCGCUGUCGCUGAGGUGGCGCCGUACCCGAGGCUCCUCUCCUCCGCCUCAGCUCGGAGAGAGUCGGGAGGAUGGCUUCGGAGGUGGAGUCGUCGCUGGAGGUCAGCUUCUCGUCCAGCUGUGCGGUGUCAGGGGCGUCCGGGUGUCUGCCUCCCGCCCGCUCCCGCAUCUUCAAGAUCAUCGUGAUCGGCGACUCGAACGUGGGCAAGACGUGCCUGACUUACCGCUUCUGCGCCGGCCGCUUCCCCGACCGCACAGAGGCCACCAUCGGGGUGGACUUUCGAGAGCGAGCCGUGGAGAUCGACGGCGAGCGCAUCAAGAUCCAGCUGUGGGACACUGCAGGACAAGAGCGGUUCAGGAAGAGCAUGGUUCAGCACUACUACAGGAACGUGCACGCUGUCGUCUUCGUCUACGACAUGACCAACUUGGCCAGCUUCCACAGCCUGCCAUCUUGGAUCGAGGAAUGCAAGCUGCACUUGCUGGCAAGUGACAUACCUCGCAUCCUGGUCGGGAAUAAAUGUGACUUGAGAAGCGCCAUCCAGGUGCCCACAGACUUGGCACAGAAGUUUGCUGACACCCACAGUAUGCCUUUGUUCGAGACCUCGGCUAAAAACCCCAAUGAUAAUGACCACGUAGAAGCGAUAUUUAUGACGCUGGCUCAUAAGCUGAAGAGCCACAAGCCCUUGAUGCUUAGCCAGCCACCUGAUAACAGAGUUAUCCUGAAACCCGAAACGAAGCCCGCGGUGCCCUGCUGGUGCUGAGUCACGGGUACGCCCCUCACGGGUCUGACUGAGUCUGAAGUCGUGUGAUUACGUGUGUAAGAUUAACUCUUCAAUAUCAUGGCUCAUCCCGCUGGUUCCGUUGUUGCGCUGCCUUUUGUAUUUUCAUCCUCUUGCUAAGUUUGUCACUGCGACCGUUCGAGGAGAAGGCCAAUUUACAGCUGGGAGGGAAAAGGAAGCAAAGACGAGACAGCCAGGUCUUCUUUCCAGUCCCAGGCCUCCCGUGAGCAUGAUGGGACCUCAAGGCUCAGUGUGGCGCCCACGCCGCCGUGUUCCUGGACUGGGAAAGAAAUGCCGUGUAGUGCACACUUACUGCACGGAGCUAUCGGCAAAUAGCGAGUUACUGAGGUGCUUUUUAUUGUACUGUGGCAUCUAAGUACUAAAAAACUAAUCAAAAGAAUCCAGACAGUUGUAAUGGGAAUUUAUUUUAGCCGUGACUUUUAAUUAAAAUAUCAGUUGCAAGCUUUGCGCAGUGGCAGUAUCGUAGCCAAUGAGGUUUAUCCGAGGCGCGAUUAUUGCUAAUUGAAAAAAAAAAAAAUAUCAGUUGCAAAGCUGGUUCCUGGUGCCCCUGUCCUCCACUCGUGGUGAGUUGGGUGACUCAGGGCUGGAUUCAGUCAGCAUCCGUUCUGCCAGAGCUCUGAAGGCACGUCUCAAGUUCCCGAGUCUACGUGGAUUCCUGUCAUAGUAGCGUUGGGUUAGUUUUUUUAAAUGUUUGUGUUUUAUGUCCACAAAUUGUUCCUUUGGACAAAAUGAAUUAAUUUUUUUUCUUUGGUUUUUCAAGACAGGAUUUCUCUGUAGCUUUGGAGCCUGUUCUGGAGCUUCCUCUGUAGACCAAGCUGGCUGCAAACUCACUGAGAUCCACCUGUUUCUGCCUCCCGGGUGCUGGGAUUAAAGGUGUACACCAUCACCUCCCGGCUUGAAAAAUAUCUUAACUGUCCCUCAGUGGUGAAAGAAAUAGUUUAAUUUUUUUUCCCUAAGCACUUUUAGUUUAAAUUUAUUUUGUUUUCAGGAUGAUUUUUUAGUUUAAAUUUAAGACUUUGCACAAGGAACACAGCACAUUUCCAUAUGGAGCUCUUUGCGGAAUGCUGUGUAAGCCGCGUUCAGCCUAAGUGUGCACGUCCUCGUUCUGACAGCUUGCAGCCCUGGGCAGUUCUAGAGGAAAUUAAGGCAAAAUAGAUUAUACUUAAGUGUUUUCCAAAUGUGGGAAAUAAGGGUACUCUGACCUAGUUUCAUUAUUCUGAAGGUCCCAGUUGGAAAAUUCCAUUACAAAAGCAAAUUUUUUUAUUUAGUAAGCUAAGUGAAAGUAAAACUUUUACGAAUGGUUGUCCAGUUUUAAAUACUAGGGCCAGGUUGGCUUUACUUGUAUCUAGAGAGAUUGUUCUUUUUCUCUUUUUAAAUACAGGGUCUCACUUUGUAGGCCUGACUGGCCUGGGACCAGGGUGGCCUCCGACUUACAGAUAUUCUCCUGCCUCAUCCUCCAGCCACUUGGGAUUAAAGCCUUGUGUCACUAGAACUAGCCUACUACAGUUUUCCUGAUCAUGCAAUAAUUAAAGAUUUACCUAAAUUAAUGCUGACUCGGGGACUGUUUUUCUAGUGAGACAUAAUGGGUGCAGUAGCUGGGCUGUAGCCGUGCUUACAGAAGGGCGUCUGUUCGUUGUUUCCAACGCUGUACAGCUGGGGAACAGAGAGGCUUUCCGGGCGCGUGCCUUCUUCCUACUGUUCUCGGGAUCGUUUCUUCAGCACUAUUAAUAAUUAUUUCUCUUUUUAAAGUAGCAGACUGUUUCUUUUUGUAAGGAGUUAGUGAGCUUUCUUUACAAUUCUGUGAAAAGCUUUAUUUUUCCACUUUAGUAUUUAUUAAUUAAAACAUUUGUAUCUCAUUUGUAACGACCUACUACUUUAAGUUUUUAGUUUCUUAUUUUAAAAAGAUACUUACGAGGAGAGCAAGAUUAGGCCUUAGAUGUAGCCCGGGGUGUUGGAAGGCACUUCACUGACUGUUGACCUGCGUCCAGAUGGUGGUGAGCUGACCUCUAGUUACUAAUUUUUUAAGCACAAAUCAUACAUUUUGUAUAUCUGUGAAUUUAUUUUAACUGACAUUUAGUUGGAAGUAUCAGAUGUUUUAGAAAAAUCUUUAUCUGAGAACACCAAAGCGAACUACUUCCGGCUCUGUUAUGGUUGGCUGCAAACCGCGUGAUUGGCAGAGUUGUUCUUCACGUUUCCUCAGCAGGCUCGGUAGUUUUGCUAUGAAACAGGUGUCAUUCUUUUGUUUCUCCCUCGAAGUACAAUAAAAUCAUCUUUGCCACGAAGAAA